UCUACCUCAGUUGUUGAACAGAAGGAAUACAAAUUCGAAGUGACUAACCUUCACUGCAUCACAUUCAGAGAGAGAGAGAGAACAAAAAGGCUAAAAAAAAGGAUCGGAUGGGCGGCCCCGCCUCUUCCAACUUCUAAUGCAUUUUUUAGCAGACGCUUUUCCAGCAUUGGCUUCAAUAUAUUGUAAUAUUGACACACACGUUCACCCAAAACAGUAGGCCCCAAUCCUCAGUAUAAAUAUCCACAUUCUUCCUCUCCAAACCCCUCAAAACAAACAAACCGCAUAAGCACAAACAAGCUCGUUCUUUUCCCUUGCAAUCAGUCUCAUUUAACAUACCCAUCCCUUCCUUUCUUUUCUUUUCCCGUAACUUCUUUUGUCUAGAAAUUAACUCUAGCUAUGUAUAACCCAAAGCCAUCUUCUCCAACGACUUCAUUUCUCCCUUCUAGCCAAACCCAUUUCAACAAAACCGUGGAUCUUCUCAAUGAUGAUGAAGAAAAACUACAUAGAUUUCCAACUCUCUAUGAGGCCCUGGAAGAAAUCAAAGCCAUAGGGAAGAUCUCAGGCCCUACAGCGAUCAGUAGUUUACUUCUAUAUUCAAGAGCCAUGAUCUCCAUGGUCUUUCUUGGCUAUCUUGGUGAGCUUGAGCUCGCUGGUGGCUCUCUCGCCAUUGGUUUUGCAAACAUUACUGGCUACUCUGUCAUCUCUGGUUUAGCCAUGGGAAUGGAACCCAUUUGUGGACAAGCUUUUGGUGCCAAACAAUGUAUACUUGUUGGCCUAACCCUACAGAGAACGGUGCUUCUCCUCCUCUCCGCUUCUAUCCCUAUUUCUUUCAUGUGGGUCAACAUGAAAACUAUCCUUCUUUGGUGUGGUCAAGACCAAGAAAUAUCAUCCGUGGCUCAUACAUUUAUUCUUUUCUCCAUUCCUGACCUAUUUUUCCUUUCACUUCUUCACCCACUUCGCAUCUACCUCAGGACCCAAAGCAUUACAUUACCUGUAACUUAUUGUUCAGCCAUUUCAGUGCUUAUCCACGUCCCACUGAAUUUCCUUCUUGUUUUCCACUUCAAGUUUGGUGUUGAAGGGGUGGCUAUAGCUAUGAUUUGGACUAAUCUCAACCUCUUCCUCUUGCUUUCUUCAUUCGUAUACUUCUCAGGUGUAUAUAAAGAUUCUUGGGUAACUCCAAGCAUUGACUGUCUUAGGGGCUGGUCCUCUCUGCUUGCUCUAGCAGUGCCAACUUGUGCCUCAGUUUGCCUUGAAUGGUGGUGGUAUGAAUUCAUGAUAUUGCUGUGUGGCCUACUUACUAACCCCAAGGCUACCAUUGCUUCCAUGGGGAUCCUUAUUCAGACAACCUCUCUAGUCUAUUGCUUCCCUUCAGCAUUAAGUGUUGGAGUAUCCACAAGAGUUGGGAAUGAACUAGGCGCAAACAGGCCUGGAAAAGCUCGCAUUUCCAUGAUCGUUUCUCUCUUCUGCUCCGUAGCUGUAGGCCUGUCGGCGAUGUUGUUCACAACCUUGAUGAGACACCAAUGGGGCAAGUUUUUCACCAGUGACGCUGAAAUCCUUGAGCUUACAGCAGUUGCAUUGCCAAUUGCUGGGCUUUGUGAGCUUGGAAAUUGCCCUCAAACAACCGGUUGUGGGGUGUUAAGAGGUAGCGCCAGGCCAACCAUCGGAGCAAACAUAAAUUUGGGGUCAUUUUACCUGGUAGGGAUGCCAGUAUCUAUCCUAAUGGCGUUCGUGAUCAAAAUGGGGUUUGCCGGGCUUUGGCUUGGCUUGCUUGCAGCUCAAGCAUCCUGUGCAUUUCUCAUGCUAUUAGUUCUUUGUAGAACAGAUUGGAUGGUUCAAGUAGAAAGAGCAAGAGUGCUCACAGAAGCCAGUAAUUGUAGCAAACCUUCUCCAUUGCCAAUAUCACAAAAACAAGAAGAGUACUCCAACCUUAUGGAAACUAACAACAAGAACAAGGCUGAUCUUGAAGGGAUACUUUGCAUUACUGAUGAACUUGUGAAGUCUGCUUCACUGCUUGAAACAGACCCUCUCCUAUCAAACUCACACGCUGAUGCUGAGCAUUAAUUAGAGUUCAGUCACCCCAUUUUUACCCCCACCUCAUAAAAGAGUUUUUCAAGACUUUUUCCACUCUAAUUUCUAUUGUACAAGAGCCCCUUUUCUCGUCUUUUGUCUUUUUGUAAUCCCAUGUUGUAUUAAUAACAGACAUACUAA